AUGGCACCACACACUCUCACCCUAGACGACUCGCUUACACUCUUGAGACGUUCAGAGUACUGCGAAACAGCCUACGACUCUUCCUGCAAAACGCACCGCACCAUCAUCCUCGUCAUCAUCAUUUUCGUCGGUGCCUUUGUCGGCGUCGUACUCAGCUUGGUGUACGUGCGAAGCCGCAGCCGCAGAUACGCUCGAGAACGCGCUGUGCGCGCCAACGGUGGGCUGGGAAAUGGGCUCAAAGUGCUCGGAACUGAAGACGGCGUGGCGACAGUGAGAUUACCGUCUGGAAGGACGAUCAGGGGGAAGACGGGGGGUUGGGAUGAGAGAGGCGCAUUCGAGGCGCCACCACCACCAUAUAUGCCGAGAGUACCUGAGGUUGCUAGAGUGUACCGUUGA